AUGAACAAGAGCUGUUCUUCAAUAAACUUCAUCAGGAAAGUCUGCAUCAUGCUUCGGUAUCACAAUAACACAGUGGGCAAUCUCAAACUCACUCUCCAACGGACGCGUCGAAUCUGCAACAAAGAAACGUUGUUCUUCACUCGAAACACAGCUGCGAAGGUGUAUUACGAAAGGCGGUGCCCAUUUAUGGGAUCAUGCAUUGAAGAUAAGUGUAGAACUUUGCAGCCAAACGACAGUAUUCCAGAAUUACAUGAGGCCGAAAAAUUCCCAGGCUACUCCAUGUGCACCUCAACAUGCACCGGAUUAACCUGUGGCUGUCUAACACCCUUCCCGGCAGACGCCUACCCGGGAUGCCUAUUCUAUCGAGUUGCACAAGUACCGCAGAAUGACGAGGUGUAUCACAUAUUCAAGUGUAGCUCCUGGAACCCCGAAAUUCACCUCACACUAGAAACAACUCAUAAGGAAAUCGCAGCGAAACGAGUCUUUGCAACUACAUCCUUAUGUUUCAAAGAAAAAGCACAACAAUCUCAGUCCCCAUCGUUCAUCGCAAAAUGUUAUUCGACGACAACUCUCCUCGCAAUCAUGCCGAAGCUGCCAGCUGCGGUGCCCGAUCCAACCAACAAAGAAGACGCACCUGCAGACACGCCCGGCCUGGCGGCAGCCAACCACCCCGAUACCUUUGAGGUCUCCACUCGUCUUACCUUGAAUUUGCUCAAGUUCGAUAUUCAAGAAAUCAAGAACAGUGUUUCGCCUCGAAAAUCAUUCCGUCUACGAGACCUCAACAAGUGCAUUUCCUGCUUGGCCCCCGCACACGGGCAGUGUUCGAACAAAUGUCGUUCCUGUGGAGGCACUCACCAUGUUAUUCUCUGCGCGGAACGAACAAAGCAAGGACCAUCUCAUAAACGUCCAAAGCUCGAGCACUGA